GAAGAUGCAAAUAUGAUAUUUAUGAAAAUUUUACGUAUAAAAUGUUAAAAAAAUAUAAAAGAAGGACUUCUUCAACGUUUUUAUUUUAAAUUAUGUUGAUUUUUAGCAAUUAUUACGAAUUAAAAUUACGUUAAACGAAACGCAAUUCAAAACACCAAUCAGCGUUCAGUGACGUCACUCGUGUUGUGUCAACUUUAAGAAGUUAACUUUGCGAUUAAUAGGCAGCAGUGCUUAUUAUUUACGUUUUUAAUAAAAAUGGAAGUUGGAUUUAAAAAAACAGACUCCAAAAAUUUACCAAAAGUUGGUGUCGACAUAGUAGUAACUUUUUUUGUCGUGAGUCCAGAGUUUUCAAGUGUAGAAAUGAAAGGCACUAAAUUAGUACGGUAUGCAUGAAUGUUUUUAAACGUUGUUUGCAUUUUAUUCAGCAAUUUCUAAACAUAGCAGUUAUAUUUUAGCUCAACUAGCUAACUAGCUUUUUUAUUUAAAGAGAUUGAAAAGAAGUUAAAUGUGUGUUACAAUAAUAACUGCAUAUUUUUAGGUGGAUAUUUUAAAAGAAUAGAUGCUGUCAAUAAAAAUGAUUGUCGGGGAAGUAUUCUUUGCUACUUUCAAGAAGACAAGCAUUCAUAAGGUGUGUUCAAGCUUGAUUGGAAAGUUGGACUCUCCACAAUCAUUUCUUGAAGCAUUAUCAAAGCAAAUGACCAACACUGAUAAUAUAAAUAUGGUAUUUUCCACCACCAAACAUCAAAGUGAUUCACAAAUGUGGUUUGAGUUGAGGUACGGCAGAAUUACUGGCUCAACUUUUUAUGAAGCCGCUCACUGUAAAACUAUAAAUGGUUCCCUUCUGAACGCAAUUAUGGGAGAUGAUUCAAAAUUUACUUCCAUUGCAAUGAGUAGAGGAAAAAUACUAGAAAAAAAAGUUCUCAAAGUAGCAAGAAAGAAAAGAUUGAAAUUGAAGAAGCUGGACUACUUCUUAAUGCCGAGUAUCCUAUUUUUGGAGCAACAGCAACCUGACGGGCUUACUGAAAAUUAUACAAUAGAAGUCAAAUGUCCUUCAACCGAAGCUGCCAUACUUUCCUAUGUGAAAGACAAUAAAAUAACACCAAAAUGUUGGACACAAGUGCAACUGCAAAUGUUGUGUGCAAUAUGAUAACAUCAUUGUAUCUGUAAUGAAUAUUGCAAAGAAAUUCUGGAUAGAUGCUGUAUUUCCGAAAUUAAAAGAUAUAUAUAAUAUUUAAGCACAUUUUUUUGUUUUUCAAGAAUUUCAUCAAUUUAUUAAAUAAAACUAUGCUUCGAAAAUAUUGUUUUUAUUCAAUUUUAAUUAAAGGUGAUUCACAAGUGCACAACAAAUGAUUAUACUAUAGUCUAAUUGGGGUAUUAGAAAAUGAUCUACACAGGCAUUUGGAAACUUUGUUGAAGUAGAUGGACACAUAGGCACAAAACAUGAGUCAACACGACUUUAUAUCCGAAUUUUUUCGGUAUUAUUGUGAUCACUUGAUGUGGAUGGAUAUUCCAUUUUAAAUUAUUACAAAAAACUUAGUGAAAGUCGAGAAAAUUUGCAAUUUAUGACAAUCAACUAGUGUUUCCACUAUAAAAAUUUUCUUUCCCCAUGCCUCAAUUCCGAUUUCCCCAUUUCAGAACUUUUUUCCCCUCAAAAAUUAUUUUGCUGUAGUUUUGGCACUUUUGUUGUAACUAAAAG